AUGGGGAACCUAAUGCUGUUCGCCCGGAGGAGGGUGACGAAGAGCAUCACGCUGGAGGACCUGGCGUGCAUGAUAAGGGGAUGCACGUACGUAGUGGCCCUAACAGGAUCAGGCACCUCCGCAGAAAGUAACAUCCCCAGUUUCCGGGGCGCCAACAGCUCCAUCUGGAGCAAAUAUGACCCAAAAAUAUAUGGCACCAUUUGGGGCUUCUGGAAAUCCCCAGAGAAAAUAUGGGAAGUUAUUAGAGACAUCUCAUCCGAUUACGAAAUAGAAUUGAACCCUGGCCAUACAGCUCUCUCCAAAUUAGAAAGCCUUGGCUAUUUAAAAACAGUCAUCACUCAAAACAUUGAUGGGUUGCACGAGGAGAGUGGGAACUCCAAAGUAAUCCCCUUGCAUGGGAGUGUGUUCGAAGCUCGCUGCUGCACAUGUAGGGAGACCAUUCAGCUGAACAAGAUCAUGCUGCAGAAAACUUCCCAUUUUAUGCACCAGCUGCCUCCAGAAUGCCCUUGUGGGGGAAUCUUUAAACCUAAUGUGGUUCUUUUUGGAGAGGUGAUUCCCAAGUCUCUUUUGAAACAAGCCGAGAAGGAGAUAGAUAAGUGCGACCUUCUGUUGGUCAUCGGCACCUCCUCCACCGUGUCCACUGCCACCAAUUUGUGUUACCAUGCCCACAGGAAAAAGAAAAAAAUCGUUGAGGUGAAUAUCUCCAAGACGUAUAUCACCAACCGAGUGUCCGACUACCACGUGCGCGCCAAGUUCAGCGAGUUGGCGGCCAUCUCGGACCUCCUCAAGGGGGGUGGAGCGGCGGAGCGGAGCGAAGCGGCCACUCAAUCUGGGGGGGCCACCCAAACGGGGGAGACUAAGCAGAGAGCCAAAGCAGCGCAGAGCGCCAAUUCCACGCAUAGCACCUCGGCUAAUCGGUGA